AGUCACUAUUCACUGUUCACUCUCAGUCCUCUGUAGAGUCACCAAGCUCUUACUCUGAUAGUCUUUGAGGUGAGAUCGUAGUAAAGAUCGGAUUUCUUCACUCUUUAUUUCUUUCUGCAAAUUUGUUCAUUUGGCGAAAGCCUUCUUUCAUGCGGUUGGGUGAGAUCAGAUCUUUCUUUGCUGAAGUUUGGAAGACUUUGGCUUUGAGGGAUUAAGUUAUAUCAGUAUGUUUCUGUGAAGAACAACUUCAAGAAUUCGUCUUCAUCUGCUUUGUGUGAAUUGGAAGAGAGAAGAUUUUGAGGAAAGAAAUAAGGGGGGAGGAGAUAUGAGCUUCGGAAUGGGGUUGAACCUACUCCUCCUACUAGCCAUGGUGGCCACCAACAUUCUCUCUCUCUACCACCUAUCAUCCUCAAUCCAAAGCAAACCCCCAGCUCCUCCCCCAGUUCCAGACCACCUACUUCAUCAACUCAACACCAUCCGAGCCACUAUCAAUCACCUCACUCAUCUACAGUCUGCCGGCACCACCAAUCCCACCAUCACUAGCACCCCUUCUAAAGCCACAAUCCCUUCAGAUCUCCUCCUGUAUGCACAUAUCUCUCCUAUUGCCUCUGCCUGCCACAACCACCCUGACCUGCUCCAUCGCUACAUGAAUUAUACCCCAUUCUCCCUCUGCCCACCCGACGCUGACCUUUCUGAAGCCCUUAUCCUUCGUGGUUGCCACCCUUUGCCACGCCGGCGUUGCUUCUCACCCACCGCUCCCAAACCACCCUCUUCGCUUCCCACCAGUCCAUUCCCUUCCUCCUUACCUGACUCUGCUCUCCUGUGGUCCACCUACUCUUGUAAGAGUUUCGAUUGCCUUAACCGCUUCAAUGAAAAUUUAGGUUUUGAAAUGAAAAUCGAAUCUUCCAAAUUUUUAACCAUGAAAUCAGAGCUCGAUCUCACGAUCCCCCAAUUACUCAACAUUGCAAAGAGUUCUUCCAGUGUUCUCCGCCUAGCAUUUGAUAUUGGAGCUGGAACCGGGACCUUUGCAGCUAGAAUGAAGCUCCACAAUAUUACUGUUUUAUCUACUACCAUGAACCUUGGUGCUCCAUAUAGUGAGGUGACUGCAUUGCGGGGGCUUGUCCCACUGCACGUCCCAUUGCAGCAGCGACUUCCUGUCUUUGAUGGGGUUGUCGAUCUUGUCCGAUGUGGCCAUGCUGUUAACCGUUGGAUCCCUAUUACAACAAUGGAAUUCUUGUUCUAUGACGUUGAUAGGGUGUUAAGGCCUGGAGGGUACUUCUGGUUGGAUCAUUUCUUCAGUAAAGCAGUUGAUCUUGAGAGGGUUUAUUCGCCAUUGAUUGGGAAAUUGGGUUACAAGAUUGUGAAAUGGGCAACAGGCAACAAGACUGAUUCCAGUGGAAUAAAGAAUGGAGAGGUUUAUUUGACUGCUCUGCUGCAGAAGCCGACAACGAAGUAAGAUUUAAAGGUAUGUAUCCCAGCUUGGAUGAUGAUACUAUAUCUGUAACAUUAACUCUUAGUCGUUUUUCUUGUAACGAGGAUAGAAAGAAAGUUUGAUUUAAUGAAAUUUGUGAUUCACAAUUAAUGAAGAAUGGCUUUCCUUCAA